UAUUUGAUUCGAUUAUGCUGUUGUGGCUGCGACAACCAGUUUAACGAGUUCCAGCAGAAACGGUGCUUCUCUCCUCCGGUACGAGGCGGAUCCACUUCCCCGAGACCGACUCCCUCUGCCCCGGUGACGGAUCCGAACCAGCUCCACCAUGAACCCCGAGUAUGAUUAUUUAUUCAAACUGCUGCUGAUCGGUGACUCUGGCGUCGGGAAGUCGUGUCUGCUGCUGCGGUUUGCAGAUGACACGUACACAGAAAGCUACAUCAGCACCAUCGGCGUGGACUUCAAGAUCAGGACCAUCGAGCUGGACGGGAAAACCAUCAAGCUUCAGAUUUGGGACACGGCCGGUCAGGAGCGAUUCCGCACCAUCACUUCCAGUUACUACAGAGGAGCUCACGGCAUCAUCGUGGUUUACGACGUAACGGAUCAGGAGUCCUUCAACAACGUCAAACAGUGGCUCCAGGAGAUCGACCGCUACGCCAGCGAGAACGUCAACAAGCUGCUGGUCGGUAACAAGUGUGACCUCACGACGAAGAAGGUGGUGGAUUACACCACAGCUAAGGAGUUCGCCGACAGCUUGGGAAUCCCCUUCCUGGAGACCAGUGCCAAGAGCGCCACCAACGUGGAGCAAGCCUUCAUGACCAUGGCGGCCGAGAUCAAGAAGAGGAUGGGCCCCGGGGCCACGGCCGGCUCCUCUGAGAAAUCCAACGUGAAGAUCCAGAGCAAGCCCGUCAACACCUCGUCCGGCGGCUGCUGCUGAGGCCGGAGACAAACCAACGCCACCGCGUUCGAAUCCCCCCCCCCCCCGACCCGAGACCAGAGUCCAUGUCACGACGCUCCGCAAGGAACCCAGAGGGGGGGGGGGGGGUGGACAGGAAGGAGGACGAGCUUGUUAUUGUGCGUGCAGCUACGACACCAGAUCUCCGCCCCCAACCUUUCUAAAUCAGCAAUAGGACGAUAAUCUACGCUCGCGUUUUUUCAUCCGACACCAAAUCAAAGUCUAACGUUUUUAACAGUGACAGGAAUUCACUCGUCUUUUGUUUCUCUCACUUUUCCUCCGCUCCUCCCUCUCUCCCUCCCUCCACACACCGAGUCCUCUUUGUCUGGCCGCCGCCCCAACACGCGUCGCUGAGCACCUUGAAUGAAGCACACGCUUAAAAACCAGCAUCACGCACGUUAGAGCCAAUCACACGCCCCCUGGUGAGUCACCUGCUCCUACGUCACGCCGUCGCCCUGGUAACCACGAUGACACGACGUCAACAUCCUCCCCUCGCGUGUCCACAGUCGUGACUUCUGAUCGAGCCCAGUUUGUAGGAUAGUUAACAUUCCUGUUCACACACAGAACAUGUGCUCUGCGUGUGCUCUGCGUGUGCUCUGCUGGGCGUCAUGUUUUAAGCGUGUGCUGCAUUGGGAGACGUGUCGUCGGCCAUGUUGAUUUCUCUGCUCAUGUUUCUCAGCACAACCACAGUAACGAACCUAUAAACUGUAUAUAUUUAUACAUACGUGUAACAUGUGAUCUGCAGAUUGUGUAGGGAAGCGAGUGACAUGAUACAUGAAGCUGAAUUAGUUCCACACGUGAUCGGUGGCUGCGACAUAACAUUUUUGUGGCACAAUGUCGACUAUUAAAACAAUGAAGGAGAUCUUUGAUAAGUGCUGCUGCUGCCGUGUGGUUUUUUUUAAAAUUCUUCUCUGUUCAACCUUUGUUUUCACUGAAACAUAAUCUGAGAGGAAUGAUGACCUCUGACCCACAUCGGUCAGAAACGACUCAGUGGCCUCUUUAUUCCGACCGCGUGUCUUUACAAAGUUUCACUGAAACACUUGUGACCUGCUGCAGGUUUCGUCCAGAGCACGUUUCUAUCUUAGUAAAACGCUGCAGUUUAAUCUAAUGAUUUUAAUCGAGAUCCAACCAUUAACCAACGAGCUCUAAGAAUUACCAGUUUAAAACCAACACGAGGAAACAUGCCACAGUCUGAAAGCUCAGUUCAGUUUUUCUUCCACAUGUGACACAUCUUCUCAAACAGUUUAAUAAAAGAUCUUUGUCUGUGUCA